GUGCCGGUUAUCCGCCUCCCUGAGGUGACCGGGGCUCGGCCGAGAGGCGCAGCGGGGGAGUCGCGUCUUGGCCCCGCCGGGGACUUGGAGGCCGCUUUCUCGGCGGCCCCAGGCGCGCCUCCGGGGCUGUGCCGCGGCCGCCUCUGCCACAGGCGUCUCUCUGCACGGCUGCCUCCCUCCUACCCCCGCCUCAGGAGCCCCCCCCCCCCGGUCUCGGCCUUGCUUCGGCGGGAGGCCUGUGCAGGGCGCCUGGCGGGGACGAGCCUGCCUGCAGCGUACCCGGCCCGCGGGGCUGCGGCCUGCCGGCCCGAGGUGCUGAGGUGCUGGGGUCACCACGGGUGUGGUGUGUGCUGUUCAGCUGAGGGCACCCAGCUCAGCGUUCAAACCUUCUUGAAAUGUGUAGCAGUUUUUUUUUUUUUCUUUUUUUAAACUUGCUAGUGGUAGGCGAGCUAUGUGUCUGAGAGAAAUGAGUUGCUCAGUUCAAGCACUGAAGGUUGAGCUUAGAAACCAAGGUUUCAGUUCUACAGUUAACAGUGGAUGAUCUGAGUAAACCCCAAGACCUCAUUCUGCAGGACAGAAGCUGCUCUCUUUCCUGUGUGAGGGGGUUGUUAAGUGAGAAUAUAAACGUGUGAGGCUGAGGGAAAUCCAGAGAAGGUGCUGGGUUGCCAGUAAUCCAGGGGUUGCUGCCAGGUGAAGCAGAUGGUCCCAAUGCUGCAAGCUCAUACAGCUGUGUGCUGCUUAGGUCUGUUCAGGAUAUGCAUCUAAAUGGAAGGGAGAUGAAAAAAAAACACGGGUGGAUUUUGAUGAACACAACCUUAAUACAGCUUAAAAAAAAUACUGUAGUACAGAAAAAGUAGUAAUAGUUGUGGCCAUCUACAUGAAGCACAUCAUGUAUACCUCUUCAUUUCUUUUUCCUUCAAGCAGCUCUGCAAAAGCUGAAGCUCUGAGGCAAGUUUGCCAGAUCUGGGGCUGCAUCAUCGUUCUGCACAUCUGGAAGUGGUUUAUGGGCUCUCAUUCCUCCAGUGCGGCGUCUGGACUCUGUGCUAUUCCUCAGCAGCAGAGAAAGAAAAGAAAAGAAAACCAGCACAACUCCAAAGUAAACUUUGAAGAGUUUGAAAAAGGAAUUGAAUCUUAAAACUGUUACUGUGCCCUGUAAGGCCCUUGUGCGGGGGACUUCAAAGGAGGAUGAUGGUCAAGGAAGCUUUGGCAAGAGUGCUUACAGCUGUGGGCUAUCUAGGAUCUGAGUAAAUAGCUCUACAGCUCUUCAGGAGAGAGGAGUCCCGAAUACUGUGCUGCUUUGAAGAGAUCACAGUUCUCAUCCAACAGGACACAUGGCUCUUUUAAAGAAAAUUAACCAGAUCUUACUGUUACUUCUUGUCUUAACUGUGUGCGCCAUUCUGUAUAACAGGGUUCACCAAGUGCCGUCUGCAUUAAAGAAUGAAACAGUUGAUUUGGAGAGUCCUGAGGAAAUGGAGGAAGAAAUCCCAGUCGUAAUCUGCGCUGCUGCAGGCAGAAUGGGUGCAGCUAUAGCAGCAAUCAGUAGCAUCUACAGCAACACAGAGGCUAAUGUCUUGUUCUACAUAGUUGGGCUGAAGACUACCAUCCCACAUAUUCGAAAAUGGAUUGAAAAUUCUAAACUGAAAGAAAUAAAAUUUAAGGUUGUGGAAUUCAAUCCUAUGGUACUAAAAGGAAAAAUCAGACAAGAUGCAUCGCGUCCUGAGCUACUGCAGCCUCUGAACUUCGUUCGAUUUUAUCUUCCUUUGCUUAUCCAGAAACAUGAGAAAGUAAUAUAUUUGGAUGAUGAUAUCAUUGUUCAAGGUGACAUCCAGGAACUCUAUGACACUAAGUUAGCUCCUGGACAUGCUGCAGCUUUUUCAGAUGAUUGUGAUCUGCCUUCUACACAUGAAAUGGUUAGAAGUGUAGGGAUGCAGAACACAUACAUGGGAUUCCUGGACUACAGAAAGCAAGCGAUUAGAGAUCUUGGCAUCAGCCCCAGCACCUGCUCCUUUAAUCCUGGAGUAAUUGUUGCUAACAUGACUGAAUGGAAACAUCAACGGAUUACAAAGCAGUUGGAAAAGUGGAUGCAAAGAAAUGUAGAGGAAAACCUCUACAGCAGCACCCUUGGGGGAGGCGUGGCAACCUCUCCAAUGCUGAUUGUAUUUCAUAGAAAGUAUUCCACUAUUAAUCCUAUGUGGCACAUAAGGCAUCUUGGUUGGAGUCCUGAUACCCAUUACUCAGAGCAUUUUCUUCAGGAAGCUAAAUUACUUCAUUGGAAUGGGAGAUACAAACCUUGGGACUAUCCCAGUGUUCACACUGAUCUCUGGGAACACUGGUUUAUUCCUGACCCUUCGGGGAAGUUCAAAUUAACUCGUCCCGAUAGCUGAUACUGAAACCACUUAAAUGCAUCCAUACACUAUGUUUUGCAGUAUGUAAUAGUUUGAGAUGCAACAUGUUGUAUAAUUAACUGAUUUUAGAAAACUAAGUAUUUGUUAAAUGUAUGAAUAAAUGACCAUCAGUUUUGUGUGCCUAUGGCUGGAGAGGGAGGCUGGAGUGACCGUUACACAGUGCAGAGUAUCUUGACUUUUAUGUAAGGUGAGGAAACAAGUUUGCUUGAGAAUGAAGUAUUUUCAUUAAACGUUUACAGAGGUGAAAUUCAGUGCCAGGCAGUGUGUUUUAAUGUAAGGUCUUUAUAAAUAAGACUCCAGUGUCUGCUGGUAGAAAAAACUACACAGGAAAUACUUGCAGUAUUACACACAUGGUGUCUUUAGUUGUCUAGCCCACAUUAAACAGCCCAAAAUGAAAACUUACGCAGCAUUUUAACAAGUAGAGU